CAUAAGCAACCUCCACCUCAAAAGUUGCCCCCCACCGCCAUGAAGAUGCCGAUGAACUGUCCAUGAUAGUCAUCUCCAGCCAUCCCAGCUUGCCUGCCUCUCCGCCAUUUCCUCUCCUGCCAUAAAACUCAUCCCACCAAGCGCCACUCUCCUCCGCGCUGCUGGCAUCUUGACCAAACCCCCCAAGCCAACUCUCACCAUGCCUAAAGCUUCCUCGGCCCCUACGUUGCCUCUCAAUGGUCUCUUUCCUAUCGCCAAGCCGACUGGACUGAGCUCCAUGAAGGCCAUCGACAAGAUCACACCGUUGUUACUCGAAUCUAAGCUGUUUGAUGACCCCGAGAAGAAGCACCAGGCCCAGCAGAACAAGAACAAGAGGAAGAAGAACUUGACCCAGCACGGCCUCAAGAUUGGACAGGGAGGUACUUUGGAUCCGCUGGCCGACGGUGUUCUGGGUGAGUACGAGGACGAAGCAAAGUUCGAGCCAUCAAUUAACAGUUUCAAGUCAUUGGUGUCAACAGGGGUACCAAGCACUUGAAUCAAUUCCUCGAGUGUAGCAAGGAGUACGAGAGUAUUGGACUGCUUGGAGCUACCACGACGUCUAUGGACGCAGAUGACCCUGUGCUGGCCACUGCCGCUUGGGAGCAUGUUACGAGGGAAGACGUCGAAAAGACGUUGGACCAAUUCCGUGGUGAAAUCAUGCAGGUUCCUCCCAUCUUCUCUGCUCUGAAGAUGGACGGCAAGCCGCUCUACGAGUAUGCUCGAGAAGGCAAGCCUCUCCCCCGACCAAUCCCCGCGCGGAAAUGCACCGUCUCCAUCGAACUCGUCGACUUUACCCCUGCUUCCGUCACCCCCGGAGACGGUGGCCAUGACUACCGAUGGCCUGAUAAGAGACUGGACGCAGAGGAAAAGGAGAAUUUCAGAAAGUUGACGGCGAUUGUGCAUGAUGCCCAAGCAAGCGCAAAGGGAACGGAGGCCGAGGCCAAGAAGGAAGGGGCUGUCGAGCCCCUCGUCCCUGACCUCGAUGCCCCCGAGUAUCCCGAAGUCUCUCCCAAAUCGGGUCUUCGACCCCCAACCUUUACUGUCCGCAUGACCGUGUCGAGCGGUACCUAUGUCAGGUCUAUCGUCAACGACAUCGGCCUCGCUCUUGGCUGUGGCGCCCACGUCCAGAAGCUGACUCGUACAAGACAGGGAGAGUUCCCCUUGUACGGCGACGAGAGUGCGCUCGUUGUCCCUGAUGUGCAGACUGCAGAGCCCAUGAGCGAGGAGGAGGCGAUGAACUUUGCUUCAUCAUCUGAAGAGGCCGCUGCUUCCGUCUCGUCAGGACCGUCGGGCGGCAGUAUCCCAUGGUCUGUUUGGGAACGGGCUCUUGCUCAGCGGGAAGAGAGAAUCGCGAGGGAAAAGGCGGAGAAGGAUGCGGCUAUUGCAUCUGGCAUGGGUGCUGAGGAGAUCCAACAAAACUUCCACCCGGAAGAAAUGAAGAAGGCGCGUUGGGCCAAGGGAUGGGAAGAGUGGGAGUCGGAGGUGUUGAAAAGGUUCAAGCCUGUACCUGUCCCUAUCAGCGGAGGCCAUAACUGGAGGAUCUAGUGUAUGAUCUGUAAUAUGUAACAUCACUUAUGGCAU